AUGAAAGCUUACAUCUGCAAGCUCCCAACGUUGGCCACCCCAGUACCCGGGGAGCCGUUGCUCCUGUAUCUGUCCGCCUCGAAAACAACCAUAAGUGCGGUCAUGAUGGUAGAACAGGAAGGGAAACAGAUCCCCAUAUAUUUCAUCAGCAGAACACUUAAAGGUCCCGAAGAACGCUACAUGCCUCUGGAAAAACUGGCAUUAGCUCCUGUCUUUGCAUCCCAAAGACUCAGGAGGUACUUCCAAGGGCACAAGAUUACCCUGAUGACCGAUCAACCCCUCCAAAAGGUACUCAGGAGGUCGGAGCUGUCGGGACGGUUGGCUAAAUGGGCUGUGGAGCUGGGGGAACACUCUCUGGAGUAUAAGCCCAGAACGGCGAUGAAGGGGCAGAUACUGGCCGACUUCUUAGCGGAGGUCCCUGAGGACGAAGAGAAGGAACUCUUAAAGUGGGAAGCCCUAGAAAAAGAAGAAAGAGAGAAGGAGGACGAGGCGGUGUGGAGGUUACUCACCGACGGUGCAUCUAGUGAAGAAGGGAGUGGAGCAGGAAUCACACUGAUGAGUCCCGAGGGGAUUGAGCUGACAUACGCCAUAAGGCUGGACUUCGAGAACACCAACAAUACUGCAGAGUAUGAGGCCCUGCUAGCAGGAAUGAGGUUGGCACAAAAAAUGAAAGCAAGACGCGUGGAGGCUAGCACUGAUUCACAACUGGUAGUGAAGCAGUACCAAGGAGAAUAUGAAGCCAAAGACAGCACCAUGGCUCAGUACGUGGCAAAAGUGAAAGAAAUGGCCAAGGCAUUUAAAACUUUCAAACUGGAGUACAUCCCUCGAGGAAGAAACAGAAAAUCUGAUGCCCUCAGUAAGCUGGCCUCGGUGGCAUUCGACCACCUCGCGAAAGAAGUUAAGGUGGAGGUCCUGACAUUCCCUUCCCUUAACACAAAGGAGGUAGCUGCAGCUGAGAGUACUCAGGAAACGUGGAUGACACCGAUUAUCAAGUUCCUUAGGGAUGGAAUUUUACCCAAGGGGGAAUGGGCGGCCAAAAAGAUAAGGGUCAAAGCCCUGCAAUACGAACUGAUUGAUGGGGAGUUAUAUCGAAGAUCAUAUCUGGUCCAUCCCUGA